AUGGCGGCGGCGGUAGCAGCAUCUUCGGUUGCUCCUGGCACUGGUACAGCUGCUGCACCGAGUGGGGUGAGCUCGGGGGGUCCAACCCUCACCGGGACCCUUAACAAGAAAAAGAAGCCGUUUCUGGGCAUGCCUGCGCCUCUCGGUUACGUGCCGGGUUUGGGCAGAGGUGCUACUGGUUUCACAACACGUUCUGAUAUUGGCCCUGCUCGAGAUGCCAAUGACCCAGUUGAUGACCGCCAUGCCCCCCCAGGAAAAAGAACUGUAGGUGAUCAAAUGAAAAAAAAUCAGGCAGAUGAUGACGACGAAGAUUUGAAUGACACUAACUAUGAUGAGUUUAACGGAUAUGCUGGAAGCUUAUUCUCUAGUGGUCCAUAUGAGAAAGAUGAUGAAGAAGCUGAUGCAAUCUAUGCUGCAUUGGACAAACGAAUGGAUGAAAGGAGGAAAGAUAGAAGGGAACAGCGGGAAAAAGAAGAAAUUGAAAAGUACCGUAUGGAACGUCCAAAAAUCCAGCAGCAAUUUUCUGAUCUGAAGAGAAAACUUUCAGAAGUUACAGAAGAAGAAUGGUUAAGUAUCCCGGAAGUUGGAGAUGCUCGUAACAAACGUCAACGAAAUCCUCGCUAUGAAAAACUAACACCUGUACCAGAUAGUUUCUUUGCCAAACAUUUACAAACUGGAGAACAACAUACAUCCGUAGAUCCCAGACAGACGCAAUUUUCUGGUUUGACCUCGCCUUACCCUGGUGGCUUGAAUACACCAUACCCAGGUGGAAUGACACCAGGCCUUAUGACACCUGGAUCAGGAGAAUUAGACAUGAGAAAAAUUGGUCAAGCCCGAAACACCUUGAUGGACAUGAGGUUGAGCCAAGUGUCCGAUUCAGUCAGUGGACAAACUGUUGUUGAUCCUAAAGGCUACCUGACCGACUUGAACUCAAUGAUUCCAACCCACGGUGGAGAUAUUAAUGACAUUAAAAAAGCCAGAUUACUGCUUAAAUCAGUACGCGAGACCAAUCCUCACCAUCCUCCGGCAUGGAUUGCAUCUGCAAGGCUUGAGGAAGUAACAGGAAAACUGCAGGUGGCCAGGAACCUUAUUAUGAAGGGAACAGAGAUGUGCCCGAAGAGUGAAGAUGUUUGGUUGGAAGCAGCUCGACUUCAGCCUGGUGACACCGCUAAAGCAGUGGUAGCAAAUGCAGUCCGACACCUGCCACAGUCUGUGCGUAUCUACAUACGAGCUGCAGAAUUGGAAACUGACAUUAGAGCCAAGAAACGGGUUUUGAGAAAAGCCCUGGAGCAUGUGCCCAAUUCAGUGCGUUUAUGGAAAGCAGCAGUUGAACUUGAGGAACCUGAAGAUGCACGUAUUAUGCUCAGUAGAGCUGUCGAGUGCUGCCCUACAAGUGUUGAACUUUGGCUUGCUUUAGCAAGAUUGGAGACCUAUGAGAAUGCUCGAAAAGUACUCAACAAAGCAAGAGAAAAUAUCCCAACGGAUAGGCAUAUUUGGAUUACUGCAGCAAAGCUAGAAGAAGCUAAUGGAAAUACCCAGAUGGUUGAAAAAAUUAUUGACAGAGCUAUUACUUCACUAAGAGCUAAUGGAGUGGAAAUUAAUAGAGAACAGUGGAUUCAGGAUGCAGAAGAAUGUGACAGAGCAGGAAGUGUUGCCACCUGUCAGGCCAUUAUUCGUGCAGUUAUUGGAAUUGGUGUUGAAGAAGAAGAUCGAAAGCAUGCAUGGAUGGAGGAUGCAGAAAGUUGUAUUUCCCAUGGAGCUCUUGAAUGUGCGAGAGCAAUUUAUGCACAUGCCCUCCAGGUCUUCCCAAGCAAAAAAAGUGUAUGGUUGAGAGCUGCGUACUUUGAAAAAAAUUAUGGCACCAGAGAAUCUUUGGAAGCUCUUUUGCAGAGGGCCGUGGCUCACUGCCCAAAAGCGGAAGUUCUUUGGCUGAUGGGAGCUAAAUCCAAAUGGUUAGCUGGAGAUGUGCCUGCAGCUAGAAGUAUUCUUGCACUUGCAUUUCAGGCUAACCCAAACAGUGAAGAGAUUUGGUUGGCUGCUGUUAAGCUGGAGUCUGAAAAUAAUGAAUAUGAAAGAGCACGAAGACUGUUGGCUAAAGCUAGAAGCAGUGCUCCCACUGCAAGAGUAUUCAUGAAAUCAGUGAAAUUAGAAUGGGUGUUGGGAGACAUUCCUCGAGCUCGAGAGUUGUGUGAUGAAGCACUAAAACAUUAUGAAGACUUCCCAAAACUGUGGAUGAUGAAGGGUCAAAUUGAAGACCAAGUGGAAAAUACAGAGAAAGCCCGUGAAUCUUACAAUCAGGGGUUAAAGAAAUGUCCACAUUCCAGUCCCCUGUGGUUGCUUCUUUCCAGACUUGAAGAGAAAGCUGGUAAUCUUACAAGGGCAAGAGCUAUCUUAGAAAAGGCACGGCUGAAAAAUCCACAAAAUCCAGAAUUAUGGUUGGAAUCGGUAAGACUAGAGUACAGGGCUGGUUUGAAAAAUAUUUCAAAUACCUUAAUGGCAAAAGCUCUUCAAGAAUGUUCCAAUUCUGGUAUUCUUUGGGCUGAAGCUGUUUUCUUGGAAGCAAGACCACAAAGAAAGACCAAAAGUGUAGAUGCUCUGAAGAAAUGUGAGCAUGAUCCUCAUGUCCUCCUCGCGGUAGCAAAACUGUUUUGGAGUGAACGUAAAAUAACCAAGGCAAGAGAGUGGUUCCACAGAACUGUGAAAAUUGAUCCUGAUCUUGGAGAUGCUUGGGCUCUGUUUUACAAAUUUGAGCUACAGCAUGGUACUGAGGAACAGCAUGAGGAUGUGAAAAGGCGGUGUGAAAAUGCAGAACCAAGACAUGGAGAGUUAUGGUGUGAAGUAUCAAAAGACAUCAAGAACUGGCAAAGAAAGAUCGGAGAGAUUCUUAUGCUUGUAGCCGCUCAAAUAAAAAAUACGUUUUGAAAUUUUGUGUGAAGAUAUUGUAUCUAAAGAUUUGGCUUUUUUUCCCUUUUAGAAUAGCUUAAUGCUUUAUUGGAGAAAUCUGUGUCUCCUCUGUCUUCCUUUCCCUAUGUAUUUUAUGCAACUCCUGAAAUUUUCUGUUGGGAAACUACUUGUUAUUGUGUACAAUACUAUUUUAAAAUAAACUGAGUGUCAUCAUAGUUUAAAGCAGUGGAUAAUACAUUUUUUAAAAACCAAUGGUAGUUGUAGUGUAGUAGCUGUUUAUUACUAGAGAAUAGGAGGAUAAAAAUCUUAAUAAAUGGAUCCCAUGGAUACAGGAAACCUGCAUAAAUGGCCAGAGAAAAAUAACAGAUGAGAAAUUUUUGUUAUUCGAGCAAGUUGUUUAAAUUACCAUGUUAUAUCUACAAGUACUUGUAAGUCUGUUCAGUCUGAGCACUUCUUAACUCAGUGCCAUUUUCACUUUAUUAUGGGUACUGACUCAAUUCUGCUAUUCUAAAUAAGAAAUUGUUUUGAAUUUACGGAUAGCAUUGUGUGUUCCUUUUAUAACUCCCAUUUCUAUACUGUAUGCAAUUAACAUUUCUAAACUCAGUUUUUGUUAGUGUGUGGUUGCAAAACCAUCUGGAAUGAAGACUGAAUCAAGUGCCCACUAACAGUACAAAAUGCUAUUUCCAUAUGUAGGCACUGCACGCACAUCUGCUCUAAAAUUAGCAAAUUGUAGUAACAAUAAUUUGAAAGUUACACAGCAAUGUCACAUGCCUACUGUUUUGCUGCGAAAACCACUAUCGCUGGGAGUGGCAGCAAACUUUAAAUGCCAGUUUCAGGAUGAGUUGCUUUGUGCUCAAAUGCAUCCAGAGUUGUUUUUAGAGUGAAUGUUGAAUUCUAAGUGGGUACUGGAAGGAUCAACAGUUUCUGGGUACCUUCCACAGUCCAAAGAUGUACAGACUAGUUGAGUUGUCCAUGCUAAGUAUUCCAAGGAUGUUGUAGACUUGGGUUAGCUAUGGUUAAUGUAGUGUUAUGGGGAUAAAGUAGGAGGGCUGAAUCUAGGUGGGAUACUCUGACCAUUGAUGUGGACCCAGUGGGCUGAAUGGCACACCUCUGCACUGUAAGAAGUCCAUGAUUCUAUAAUGGAAGUGAAGGAAGCAACAGCUUUAAUUGUAGGCAAGGCACGCCCAUCUGAAAAGCAUUUGGGCUAAAUAAAUACAUCCAUUAUUUCCUCUGAAGAUCAAUCACCAGAAAGAAAAGUCAAACCUGGAGUAUGGAAGUCAAGCAGCAAAUGAGUGUACUUUCUGCUAUCAUUUCCUAUAAACAUAUUGGCCCAGAUUUGCUACAAUGGCGAAUCAUGCUGUCUGCACCAGUAUAUAUUUUCCUACAUACUUUUAUACAAAGAGAAUUUGCUGGAAAUUUGGAUGACAGUAGAAGAGCCUUUGUUUACUUACUGAGAAUUAAGAAAGAAACAGUGAAGGCUGAGAAGCUGAAUGAGUUAGUGAAGUAAGCACCAGAAAGUGCAUGAUUGGAUUAAGAUAAAGAAAAAGCCAAAGGGGCUGUAAUAAUGUUUAUUUUAAAAAUUACUAGUAAUGAUUUACUACUUAUAGGAAUACAGUACAAUAAUUUAAAUUAUCUUUUGGGUACCACCAUUUUGGGAACACAAAUUUACAUGUUCGUCAUGGGUGUAAUUUAAAAUUUGUUAAUUUAGCAGAAUCUUCUGGGCUAUUAGUGGAAAUGGGUCAAUACUUGGGAACUUAUUAUUUAGUAUUGGAGACACUUACGUUGAACAUGAUCUGCAAUAGAACUAUCACUUCAUAAAUCCACAUGUGGGGAAAUUGUAGGAAUGCUGCAGCAAUUAUUGCUUCAGGCAAUUACAGUAGGCUUUCAGGAGCAAAGAAAUAAAGAUCAAACAACAAACCCUUGAGAAAUAAAAACAUCAUGCUAAGUCAAGCAGCAUCUGGAAAGAAACAGUAGACAUUGGACCGUUAAUUAGAAUUGGAAGAGAAGAAAAAUGAUAACUGCUGAAAGGGAAUGUCUGACAGACAGGACCAGUUAAGUGACAACAUCCUAUGGUAAUUGGACAGGAAACAAAAGACAAGUGUAGAAAUGAAAAUGGAACAGCUUUAUCCUUAAGAAAACUCAGGAGCAUUCUGUUUCCUAAUGUGAACAAGGAUCAAUGUUAACAACUGGUACUCAAACUGCAGAGCAGCUGUGUCUAUCAGCCAACACCUUUGUGCUUAAAGCAAUAACACCACUAUGGCUCUUUCUAUCCCCACUCUUCACAACUAAGUAGAGCAACAAACUACUCAGGUCUUACUUUGAGUUGCCCAGCUAUAGUGGAGUCCCAUGUAUACCGGAUUGGUGAUUGAUACUUAUUUGUAACCUUGAGUCAGAAACUUGGAAAUUAACAAUUCAUGUUUCUGGGUUGCAGGAUAAUACGUAGAGAUGAGUUUCAACUUAAAGGGAAUAUGCCCUGAUGCAAGCUAUAGCCAUAAUUACAGUUGUGAAAUGUAGAACUGUAUUCUAAUGAAAUUGUUACCUUAAUUAGAUAAGCGUAAGGUGAGUGACUUUUUGUCAGUUAUAGUGUUGCUUUGUUGGGUUACAAAGAUAGUGUAGUAGAAAGUCAAUAUUGACACUUGAUUAUUUCAAUUGCAUAUGCUCUGUUUAGGAUAGCGCUGAGGCUAAGUACGAAAUUAAUAAUGAAGUGUUUGAGAGUUCAAGUCUGACAUUAGCAGGUGUACAAUAUUUCUCGGGCAGUACCAGAAAAAAAAUCAUGAAAGCUAUUAUUUGUUGUGUUAAAAAUUCUUAAAUAGUUUACUAUACUUAAGGUAGGUCAACCUGUCACUUUGUCAUGACUAGUCUACGUGUGCCAAAUACUGCGGUAUAUGUUAGACUCAAGUCUAUAAGAAGGUGUAGAGCUGGAUCAGCACAGCAGGCCAAGCAAACGUCAUAGGAGCAGGAAAGCUGUUCAGGCCUAGACCCUUCUUCAGAUCAUUUGGAAAGCUCUGAAAUUAAUUUACCCUGUUGUAAUUGUGAUAUAGAGUGUGAUUCAUAUAUAUUUUAGACUUUCCCUGGUGGUCUAGUGAUUAGGAUUCAUUGCUGUCACCACCACAGUCCAGGUUUGUUUCCCAAUCAGAGAAUGAGAAUUACGACAGCAUGGUGGCUCACCGGUUAGCACUACUGCUUCACAGAGUCAGGGACCUGGUUUUGAUUUCACCCUCCGGCAACUUUCUCCCUGUGUCUGCAUGGGUUUCCUUCAGGUGCUUCAGUUUCUUCCUACAGUCCAAAGAUUGGCUAUGUUAAGUUGCCUCAGGCUAGAUGGGAUUAUAGGGUGGGGUGGGGGAACUGAGAGGGAUGUUUUGAGGGUCAGUAGUGGCUCAAAAUGGUCAAAUGGCCUGCUUCCACGAUGUAGGGAUUCAAUGAUAAGAUUGUAUAAUAAUGUUUUAAAUUUUGAAUUAAUGACAUGGAUUUUUCUGUAUCUAUAAAUUGGAUUAUUACCUAGUAAAUAUUUCCUUAGCUGUGGUAAUUAUUUUUAUUGAUAGACAAGUAACUUAAAAAAAGUGGCUUUUUUUGUGUACCUUAGGAGAGUUUCCAACUGAAAAAGCUAAGUAUGCAUGCAUCAUGGGUUCUGGACCUUUAAGCUUAGAGUAAUAACUAGAGCUAGUUUCAGAUUGGGACAGUUCUACAUGAGUCCUUAGAUGAAGACAUAAAGAAGACGUCUGUGGGAGGGAGAAGACAGUGAAGAUUGACUUUAAAGUAAGAGUUGUGUAAUAGUUCCAGACCAGAAGUGUUUGAAUAAGACCCCGAAGAGGUUAUUUGAGGCCAAGAACAAUUAAAUUCAGGCAUAUGAAAGCUACCGGAAAAAAAAGCUAUAAAAUUUUCCGACUGGGAUUUAAAGUUACAGUUAUGUUAAACCCAUUGAAGUAUUAGUAGAAAGGACUUCUUCUCUUGUGCCAGUUUUGUACAAGGAUAUUUUUGGGAUCUGUAAAGAAGUGCUUUGAGC